UACAAACCCAAGGAGAAGUCACACAGACGUCACGCUACGGACAGAAGCGACGCAAAAGUGGUACUAGAGAAGCGCUUAUACCCGUCCCUUGAAGUCUAGACAAGAGGAAGUUUAACGAUUGAUUACCGUUCCACCGGCACAACUUCACUAUACUAGUUCAUCUAGCCAUCACUCCUAUACCUCUCGCAUUUGCUUGACAAUGACAUGAGCCGCCACCCGGAACGGAACGAGAGCGGGUUUUGCUGCGGGAUCUGUCAGCACACAACCCGCGAGGACGAGUACGCCAGCCACGCACCAAUGAGCCGCAAGGUUUACUGCGCCAGCUGUGUCAACUUCAAGCUCAUGGGGCCGUUUGUCCGGCGGCAGAGCGUGGAGUACACCAACCAAGAGGCCCGCCACACCAUCGACACCAUUCUCCACCAGUCACUCGACCCAGAACGUGGCUUGUUGCGUAACUAUGUGGAGAAUGCGGCCGAUUUCACCAUCAACAGCAUUUACAGCAACUCAAGCGAUGAGUAUGAGGAUGAGGACUCGGGAGGAUACGUGUCUGUUGACUUUCAAGCCAAAGGGGCGGGCGCAACUAAUAGCCUCGGCAAGACAUUCAACAAAUCUGUCCCUAGGCCGAGAGAGGCGGCCGUAGCCAGCCUAUCUGCACAGUUGCUUGCCAUAGAGACGAUGAACACCAAGCGGAGGGUCCGACGGUUGCAGAGAGCGACCAAAGCACUUGCGGAGCGGAAUACGCGGACCAGAGAGAGCAUCAAAGCAGCGGAGGCGACCUUAUCAACCAGAAAAACACAGUUAGAGGACCUCCAGGGAGCCUUGACAGGCGCCAGAGAGACUGAGCGGGAGAGGUUUAUGGAGGCAAUGAAGGAGGCCACGCCGAAGCUCCCAGAGACGCUGAAACUAGUGGAUUCGCUCAUGAUCCGAACGUGCAUCUCUCUCAACCAGCUAUUCUUUCCGGGUCUAGCGUCCAGGACGGCCGAGAUCCAGCUCACACGGAUUGUCAACAUUCUGGACUUUAAGUUCACCCGUCUCGAGGAAAUCAACUUGUUUCUCGAGAAGCUUGUGCUUUGGCAGGUGAUGUUGGCGAAGAUUACUGCCCGGGAUCUUCCGUUCUGGGAGGUGGCCAGCUUUCUUCCGACGCGGGAUUUUUACAACUCGUUGGGAGGGUCUUAUUUCCCCGAUUUGCGUAGCCAGACCCCUCAGGAGCCUCAGACCGCCCCUCUGGCUCUUUCUAUCAACCCAUUUCCCACCAUCCGUUUAACCAAUGUGAUCUCGGCACCCACCCGAUCCGUGUCCUUUUUGGGGGCCAGCUUCUCCGAAAGCUCGAUGGUGCUAGACAAAGCCAGGCACGGCCAAACUAGCAUUCCCUUAUCCUCCACUAGCAUCAACAACCGCCGUCGACUCAGCGUUAACAAGGAAACUACCGAGAAUGGACCCAAGCCGUUGAUGUCGCCCCCACCCAAGCACCGUUUGCGGGAGGGGCUAUCGAUUUACAAGAUUCUACCGGCACCCGUGGUGAAGUUGGAUAAAGACGCGCUUGCCAAUUUCUGCCUCAAGCUAUCGAUGAUCAUCAUAAACAUCUGGGAGUUAUACCGGCUGUUUCUCGAUAGAGCACAGGGAAGCGAGCCCACCAUCACCGAAAUUGUGGCCAAGUUGGACGAGGUAAUACUCGACGUAGCGGCGCUAUCGCAGGACCCCUGCUCCAGCAGAUUGUUCAAGCCGAGGAAGAAGGAUGUAGGGGUUGACGGGGACGAGUUUAGGUUUGACCGCACGCUGAAUGUUGAAAUGGUCACCCUUAAUUCGGUCGCCAGGUUUGUGUUCAAGUACUUGGAGCGACAGUAAUACGUGUUUUUUUUCUGGAUUAGACAGCCACUGCCAAGGUUUGGUAGAGUCUAGUAUGUUCCAACGUGUAUCUAGAAUUGGACUAGAGUUGCGGUUGUAAUGAAACUAGGAAGGGGUUGCUGAAAUUUAUUAACCCAACCUGUCGAUUUUUAGAAAUUAGUCUGGUACGAAGGUGUGUUGAUUAAAAGGGUACAGCAGUGCGCACUUGUUUCUGUAACACGCAUAAGAUUUAGAUCGAUAGGCUGGAGACUCGUUUAUAAAGGUUACUCGCAGCUAGGUUUGGAUAACUCUAAAACCGUACCGGUAGUGAGAUGCUAGUGGUUUGGCAAAUUUGAAAAGUGGUUCUGAUUAGAGCAUGUUAGAUACCAUAAUGAUGGUCCUGG